AUGACUACGACAGAAAACAAUUAGAAGAACACUAAAUUAGAGCAAACAUCAAAAAAAUACAAAAUAAUCAGUUUCGAAGAUAAGUAAAAAAUAAUGAAGGUUUUGUAAUAUAAUAACACUAUUGAUACACUCUCUACGCUAAGUGCAUAAUAUAAUACAUCAAUAAAAAAUCUUAGAAGAUGGUAGAAUGAAGGUAUAAAUCGAAAACCAGGGUGUGGAAGGAAAAAACUCAAUUUAGAAGCUGAAUAAAAAUUAUGUUUCUGGAUUAUUGAAUAAAGUGCUAAAUAAGGUAAAAGAGUGAGGAGAACUUAAUUAAAAGACUAAGCAUUAUCUUUAUUUAAUGAUAAAUACUUUAAAGCUUCAAAGGCUUGGUAAGAUGAGUUCAUCAGAAAUUAUGAUAUCAAAUACUUAGUUAAUGAAAUUUUAUAUAAGAAAGGAAUGUUAAACACACUUUAAAAAUAAAAGUUCUUAGAAAUGUAGGAAAAAAGAAUAGCUGAAACCAACUAAAACAAUUUUGAAAAUACUUCAAGUUAAUUAAAUCUUAAUUAAUCUCAAAUCCCUACCUCAAUAAAAUCUGAAGAAAAUAAUUUACAUUGUUAAACGAGUGCCAUUUGCCAAGAUGAUUAUCAAUGGUUUUAAACUCCAUAAUUUGAAGUUAAAUUCGAAGAAUCGCUUAAUUAAUAACUAGAAGUUUCUAUAAAUCUAUUGAAUGAGGAUUCCUGGAAUUAUAAAAUCAAUUAGGAUGAAUCCUAAGCAUCAGAAUAUGAUGGAUUUAUUAGUAAAAAAAGAAAAAAGCAAUUGAAAAAGAAAAGUACCUAUUGA